UGUUAAAAUUGUAGUUGUCCGUUCCAUUUUUACUACGCUACUAGUCCGUCUUGUUUUCCUGUCCGUCUCUCUCCGCCGAUUCAUUCACGUUAGAACGAAUCACAUUUCAAAUUUGGAUAGAAGAAAAAAGAGCCGAAAAUUAAAAAUGGCUCACUACCCAAAAUUGAAAAAGAAAUUGGGUUUAAUCGGAGCAUUUUGUUUAAUCGUCUGGGCAACCUUCAUCCUGGCCAUGCAGUUGUACGUGUUCGGCUACUACAGCAAACUGUACGGCGAGGGGACGGGCGACCGGAAUUGGAGCGACGCUUACACGGGCAUGGUGUUGGCCAACAGCGCCGCCAGCCUUUUCUUCGGACUCUAUUACGUCAUCGUGUUCGCCGAGAAGGCAACAACAACCAAGAUGUUGUUGUGGGGAAUGAUCAUGGCCGUCAUCGGGUCUUUUGCAGCCGCUGGAUCGACCGUUCUGGCCGCCCUGGAAGCCGAUUGGGUCCAGGUAUCGGCCAAUGUCGACUCGUCCCACCCGUGCAGAUUUUCAAACGAAUCCCAGGCCAACCCCAUUUACCCAUCGGAAUUGAUUUGCACCAACUGGUUCGCCCUGGAAGUGACGGUGGCCGUCCUGAGCGGCCUGGCCUUUAGCGAGUACAUCUUCAUCGGCAUAGUCAUCUUCCUGGGAAUGUCGGCCGCUAAAAGUUUCACAGACAACCUGGACUCGCCCAUCAACAAGUCCCUGGAUCCCAUCAUCCCCCAGGCCCGCAUCGGCACCACCACCAACAAUAACAACAACAUCAACAACCCGCAAAAUCUGGCCGGAAAGGACGGCCCGUACAAUGCCUAUAACUAUUCACCUCCGCCCAGCGCCAAACCGGCCCCUAGCCAACAAAGUUACGACGAUUUGAACCCUCAAUACGGUUAUCAUUUGCAGCAGUUGUCUCUGCAGCAACAACACCAACAACAACAACAACAGCAGCCGAAACCACCCACAGCGCCCAGUGUCUACCACCAGCCCGUCCGAGAAGCUCCGGCCGUUCCGUCCAGUGCCAACAACAACGUCCCACCGAUGAAUCGAGGCCGGCUCCAGGUCCUCCACAAUCAGCGACAACGUCCAGCACCGCCACCGGUGCCGGCCAAGCCCAGCGCCAACAACAGCAACCUCUACCGCUAUUAAUUCAAAUCCAACCCAAUAAUUUACCAGAAUGAAUUAAUUAUCCAAGUUAUUUUUGACUUGACCAUUUUUUCUGUUUCAUAAAAAUGGCCGGCCCACUUGAAAAGAAUUUCAAAAUAUACAACCAAAAGAUUGAAA